AUGAUAACGCGAUCCAAGUCUGCCCUGCCGGCUGCUGCAUCGGCAGCAAAGGCAGCGACCACCACGACCACCACGACCUCGUCAACCAGCAAGUUCUUCAAAACGUCAAAAGCUUCGCUCACAUCCCGUCCGCUGCCUUUGGUUUCGACCACCGCGCCCGACAUCAAGGCGCGCGGCGCGAGGCGCUCCAAGUCCGACACCUCGCUUCCGUCCGCACCGCCAGCCAAGAGGCCGCGUCGGGCAACGCCGUCGCAACCUUCCACCGCCGCCGCCCAUGUCGAGAGCAAGAUCGAGAUCCCAGACGUGUCCGAUGCCGAAGUGCUCGCCCGCACCGUGCUCCCCUACCCUACGCUUACCUUCUCGCUUGACGAAGCCACAGCCCACCUCUGCAGGUGCGACCCACGCUUUCGGCGCCUGGUCGAUGUGGUCCCCAUCCGUACCUACGAGGAACUGUCGCGCGCCAACGAGGCAGAGCGCAAGGAGCUCGACCUCUACCGCACGCUGAGCACCUCGAUACUCGGUCAGCAGAUCUCGUGGCUGGCAGCCCGCAGCAUCCUAUACAAGUUCUGCCGCGUAUUCGACCCCUCGAUGCCGCCCACGCCCGACUUUGUGGCCCACCCGAGGGAGACGUGGCCGUUUCCGACGCCGCGGCGGGUGCUCGAGAACUCGGACUCCAAACUUCGCGAGGCAGGCUUGUCGUAUGCCAAGAUCAGGUACAUCAAGGACCUCGCGCUGCGCUUCUGCGACGGCCGGCUGGACAUCCGCGAGGUCGUUGGGCUCGAUCAGGAGGCCAUCAUCCAGAAGCUCUGCGAGGUCAAGGGCGUGGGACGAUGGACCUCGGAGAUGAUCCUGAUGUUUGCCAUGAGAGCACCCGACAUUUUGCCGGCCGGCGACCUGGGCGUCCAGAAGGGCAUGAUCAACUUUUUCCUCAGUGGCAGAGAGGGUCCGAGGAUCAGCGUAAAGAAGCGCAAGCCCGUCCCACCAGAGCAGCAGCAAGAAGAGGAAGCAGGGACCAGCCAGCCACAAGGCAGCGCGGGUACAGGGAUGGAAGCAUCCGCGGAAGCAGCGGAGGAGACAAUCGUAAAGGCCGAGAGCAACGAAGGUGUCCAGCAGCAGAGCUGGGCCGACGAGGCUGACCUCGCCAUACCAGAGGGCGAAGGUCUGAGCCGCAAGGUGCUCGAGAUGCGGCUCAAGGGCAACAAAAUCAAAGGUCAGUACCUCACACCCAAAGAGAUGGACUGCCUCGCCGAGGCCUGGAGGCCCUAUCGAAGCGUGGCGUGCAUGUACAUGUGGGCGCUCGUCGACGCUUGA